UCCUAAUCUUUUUUAAUACUUCUUUUUCAAUUUUCUUUCCCUUUUCUCUCUCUCUCUCUCUCUCUCUCUCUCUCUCUCUCUCUCUAUCUACCUAUCUAUUUCUCUUUCUCUGUCUUAUAUCUUCCGUCUUUUUCAUUGGACAUCAUCAGUAUUGUUAUACCGAAGGAGUAGUUAAACUUACAUGAAAAAUUUAUAGGGAGAGAGAGAGAGAUAUAAAGCUCGUGCGAAAAUCAUGUUCUGGAUACACCGUGGAAGGGGCGAGAGAUAGCGUGUUUGCUAUUUUCGAGACGCUGUGGAGCUUUGCCAAAGCGUGCCUUGCCUUCUCUCUUUCUCUCUCUCUCUCUCUCUCUUUACUUUUAUUUUUCUCUCUUUCCUCUUCUACUUAUUUCUUUAUCUAUUCCUUCUUUUUCUUUCUUUCCUUCUCUCUCUCUCUCUCUUUCUCUGUCUUGUAUCCUCUAUCUCUAUCUCUAUCUCUAUCUCUCUAUCUUUCGUUGUUGAGACAAGUGAAAAGGAGAAUUGAUGUUAUCGUUAUCCUGUUAUUAUUAUCAUUAUUGGGAAUUAGAUAAGAAGAGGAUAAAAGGAGUGAAACGAUCGAAGAUCUAAAGGUCUUUUAAAAGUCGAAGCUCGAAGUGGAUAAUAUCGAAAAGGAAGUGAUGUUGGAAUCGAAGAAAUAGAAUAUUCCUUCUUCUUCUUCUUUCUCUUUUUCUAAGGUCUCUUAAAAGUCAAACCUCGAAGUGGGAUAAGAUCGAGAAGGAAGUGAUUUUGGAAUCGAGAGAAUAGCACUUUUCCCUCCACUUUUUCUUCUUCUAUUUUUCAAUAAAUCACUUCGAACAUAUCAACGAUAUAUCUUUUCGAUCUUCCGCAAUGAAGAUGGGAACCAAUUGGAGAGUGUACGAUGUUGGAAGGUGGUCGUGCAGCGAUCUGGCUCCUUGUAUCAGUCCAACGUGCUGCACGCCACCCGAAAGAUUUACGUACUAACCCUGUUGCACCUGUUUGAACAAAAUAGAAAAGAAAAAAGUAAACAAAAAAAGAAAAAAAGAAAGCAAAAGACCCAAUAAAACAAAACAGAACAAAACAAAACAAAACAAAAAAAAACCACCAGUCGCAGAGCCCUGCACCGUAACCCCAUGACGCAUUUAACACAUGGCCCGCCUGGAGAUCUUAGAGCAAGCAGCUAUCCGUUUAUAUCCAAGAUAAUAACGUUGCUUCUCGAAAAUGCUCUCCAAUGAAGUAAAGACCAAGGGAUCCUAUGAAAAGCAAAAUCUUUGCAUAACGCACUCUCCCCUACCUACCGAGCUUCUUUUUUUAGCUAAUCUAUCUUCUAUUAUCUCUUUCAACCGAUCGCGUAUAUUAGAAAGGCGACAAAAUAACAAAAGAGAAGUACCGAGCAUAGUGGUGCAUAAAGGAAGCAGGUCGCAAGGUCGACCUGAGAGUCCAACUGUGGUGGUACGCGGAGGAAUGCCCUCGUUGCCGUCCUCCAGGCAAGGCCUCGUCCUCGGUGGCUCCACUGCAGCUUAUACAAGUGCCUCGGGCUCGGAUAUGAUAGACGGGAAUGCCAACCCCACCGUCGGCAGCAAUCCCGCACCGAACUCUCAUCACCGUCCCACGCCAUCCUGCCCACCUGAUAAAUUGGAUACCGAGAGCAAGAACUUUCGGAAUAGGACGAGUACGAAAGUGAAACUGUUGGUCAGAAGUCAUGCUAUAGGAGAAUCAACGUCUCCACCGAGAGAACCGCACAAUAGUCCGUCUUCACCGCACAGCGCUCAGUCGGUCGAAACAGAGAAAAAAUUCACGAGUAGCCUCUCGCCAAACUCAAACAAUUCAAAGCUUAACAACAACGAGCCGAUGUUCAACAGCAAUCUCUGUACGACCCAGUCACCUAAGCAAAUGCGUAACACGGCUACUUCGCCCACUUGUCGAGUUCCAUCGCGAAAUGGUCAAUCUAGUCCCUCUCAGGUACAUUCACCAAAGAACAUCAUCUCUCCGACGAACGGUAAUAAUAAGUCGGAUAAUAAUCAUCGUUCGAAGUUAUCAUCGGGCUCGAAUAUCAUACAGAAAUGCAAUAAUUGCGUGAAAAACAAUCAGAACGAGAGACCGGGUUUGUUACAAACCCCGGUCUCUCCGUCGAAGACAGGCCAGGCACUCCAGCAUUCACCGAAAAGUACGAAUUUGGCACCGAAUGCGCAGAACAAUCAACAGAGAUCGGAUCAACGAAGGCCGAACACUCUUAACAUAUGCAACAACCAAUGUUCGGCACAAUGCGGUAAUACACUUUCCGUAAGCAGGCCGAGCUCGAGACAUAAGCUCAGGCAUCAGAAUUCGUCACAGGGUAGCUUCGACAGUGCAUCACCGUGUUUAUCUCGAGAUAGUAGUACCGAGUUGUACACAGACAGUACCGGUAUCGACCUUGAACAGUUCAUCGCAGAGACGAUAAAUCGUAAUCAAAAGGAUCGUACUGUCUUAUUAAAGAUCGAGAAAGAAUUAAUCGAAUUUGCUAAGGAUAGACAAAAGCUCUGUCAUAAGUUCCCAAAUAUGUCAUCGUACAACAGAAUGUUGGUACACAGAGUGGCGGCUUAUUUCGGUAUGGAACAUAACGUAGAUCAAACGGGACUUAGCGUGAUCGUAACAAGAACUAAAAACAUGCGAAUACCUGACACACGUUUCAAGGAACAUAUCAGGGACGAUUUAAUAUUAUCCGAGGAACCACGUAGGAGUAUACUUAAAAGAGAUUCGAAUUCGUUUGAAGAUAGUUUCAAUUUUAAAUCGCCCGAUAGAUUGUCGGGUGAUUAUUGUCGACGUAGCAAGAGUUUCGAGGAACGACAGGAACAAUACGAAAGGACAAGGCGGAGGAUAUUCAAAGGGAGUAGCGGAGAUAGCAACGAAGUUGCUUCCUGGCAAUAUUGGUCUUCGUCCGAAAGUUCCGAUGCCUCCGCUAGGUAUCGCUUAUUAUAUCCUUCGGAUCAUGCGAGCAGACAAACUCGAUUGCUGAAAGGUGAAUCCCUCGAUACGAGAGAAUCUUACCGUGCUGAAGUUGUACGACCUUCGGUUUCUAAAUCGUCCAGUUUUGACGGCUAUACGAGAGGCAUGCUAUCAAGAGGGGACAGCGUAACGUCCACCCAUAGUGCUGGAGCUCGUCUCAUGAAACAAGAUUCGGGUGCAAGCGUGUGUUCCCGUUUAAGCCCAUCCAGUAGCGGGUAUAAAUCUCAAAGUCAACGCAGCGACGCUACGAUCUCACCAUCCCCAUCGCCGUCGCCUGUGGCAGCAAUGACAUGUAGUCAUACUCAAGUAUCUAGUCAGGAUCUAGCUUCUCCGGAAUCAAGCAAUCAAACGGUAAUGUGGGCUAUUACCAGUCUAUCCAGUGUACCACCUGGUAGCAUCAUCAUUAAUCCUCAAACGAAUCAACCGUAUACGAAUGCCGACGGUUCAAUAUAUCGUUUUGAUCCGGAAAAUCCACCAAAGUUCUUUUCAACGGAAAAUGAAAAUAACGGCCAUCAGGCAACUACUAACAAACAUAACGAAAUGUCUGAACCAACCAAAGCUGCCAGACAGAACGAAUCCAAGAGUGAAAGUAAAAAACGUUCGAAAUCUAAUAAUAAUAAUAAUAAUAAUCAUAAUAAUAAUAACAAUGGUGGUAAUGGUACACCACCAACAACAACGACGACGACGACGACGACGACGACGACGACGAGUGCUCACGUGACGAAUACCGCAACGUCACCUAGUUUGCCAUUUACUCCACCGCCACCACCACCUCCACCUCCACCACCCCCACCAGUUUUAACGCAACAACAAAACACGCCUGUUCAGCAGCAACAAACUCUAGUCAAGCCGUCCACGACGGUGCAAACGUGUAGUCAUAAUCAAACAGCACAACCGUACGCGAAUUAUGUACCUACCUCAGAACCGUACAACCAAGGUGUCUAUCAAUCACCUGGAAUAGGACAGCAACAGGCUGUAAUGAUGUCGACCUCUCAUCCUACUCAGGGUCAAGCUAAUAUGCCGAACAAUGGUCAAAAUGAGGUUGCGUUCAACCAAAAUCCUCCUGUUUAUGCCAAUUACGGUGGUGUGCCUGUUCAGCAAGGAUCGAUGCCACAAUCUAACGAGGUAUCCGAUUUAUCCGGAUAUUUCGUUGGUAUGAAUAUCUACGAUCAACGUGGCGCAGGCGAUAAUCAUUCGACGCCACCGCAUACCUAUCCUCAACCACCCCCAUCUUCCAAUCAAACUAUGCAAAAUGUGCAGACGAUGCAACCUAAUUAUUGGCAACCUCCGCCAAACCAAAUACCGCCACAGCAAACGAUGUACUUUGUCCCACCACCAGGAACGACGAUCUCAGUAGGACAAAAUCCAGGUGAUAGACAACAACUACAUCAGCAGCAAAGAUUUACACCGAAUUACGCUUUUAAUGCACAAACUAUGACGCCGCCGAGUCAAUCGAAUGCAAAUUAUAUGAGCAGCUAUCCGGUAUCUUACAACUCGGUCCCUGCUGUCGCUCCAGCACCAGCCGAUUAUACUUAUCAACCGUCAGUACAUAUGGUUCCAACGUAUUACCCACCACCAGGGCAACAGCCUAUGCAACCACCACCAGUUAUGUACAGGGUGCCUACACCACCGAAUACUCCGAUAUCGAAUCAGAUGCCCGGAGUGCCGUUGAUGUAUGUCAACUCCGGCAGUUACGCACCACCAACUAUGGUAUCUGGUGGGACCUUUGGACAUCAGGUAGCACAUAAUGGUACAUCCCCUGCGCCACCUGGUACUUACAUGACUCCUGCGCUGGUUCCAAAUCUUGUUUUUAGGCAAAACGUUCCUGUUGUCACUGGUGUUCGAGCUUCGACACCAGGUAGCUCUCAAAGAGCAAGCAGGUCACCUACUCCGGCGCACGAACUGUUCGGUGGUGGAAGUGGGGACAGAAACGCACAACCUCAACCACGCUACCCACUGCCAAUGUAUCAGGGUGUCCAUAUCGUGCAAGGAGAUAUGAGACUGAUGCAUCCAGGAGUAUCUGCUAAUCCUCGGUUACCAUACGCACCGGUACCAUCACCACCUGUUGUUCAAGGUUGCCCACGGCCAUAUCGACCACCCUCUUAUUCAUCGAACACCUCAGGCGGUGGUACGCCUACUUCGUUCGAUGGAAGAAAUCAAAAGAUUCGAAAACAGAGGUCCAAGGUAGCAACUUUACCACCGAUCAAUGCACGGCCCAAUAUUUAUCAGACUCCUUCCAUGCCAUCGCUCUCGUCCAAUGUACCGAAGGAUAUCAGAGAAGAUCGAUACGGCGAAUGUGCUGGAGAGGGUGGUUCCUGCUUUCGCGAGCAAGCUCACGAGUCCGCAGAGUCUUGGUCUUUCUCGAGAUAAAUCUAUCGUGUGUGCCACGUUCCAAUGGAGAGAAAAAAAAAAGAACCGUAAAGGUGACAAUCACCCGUCGAAACCAGUUGGUACAAUAUUAAGUAACAAGGCUGACAGAAGAAUUCAAUGUUGAUAAUAACAAGAGAAGAGAGAGAGAGAGUGUAUGGAUGGGUGGGUAGGUGGGUGAUUUGGUGGACUGGGAGAGGGUUGAAAAUCAUUGAGGGAAUGAAAUUUAAAAGAAAUAAACUACAAAGAAACAAAACAAAACAAAAUAAAACAAAAAUAAUGAAAGAGAGCGAGAUAGAUAGAUAGACAGAGAGAGAGAGAGAGAGAGAGAGAGAGAGAGAGAGAGAGAGAGAGAGAGAGAGAGAGAGAGAGAGAGAGAGAGAGAGGGAGAGACAGUGAAAGAGGAAGGUAGAGAGAGAGAGAGAGAAAACUGAAAGGCAAUCUACUAUACCAUAGUAGAUUAACCAUUCGCGCAUAAUGCUACCAUGUUAAUUAUACUAUUAAUUAUUUAAAAAAAGAAGGCUAAGACGUAACUAUUAGCGCGUAAAAUCUAUAUUAUGAAUUGAGAUGGAAAAUAAUAAGAUAUAAGAAAGGGAGGAGAGAAGAGAAGAAGAAAGAAA